GUUGAGAUUUUCAAUGCUUUCCAGCUGGCACGUCCCUGGCACCUACCUACAGCAGGGCAACAAGUCACCGGUCAGUCCUCUACGGAAGUGGCAAGCCGCCCUAAAGUUUGUUUAAAAUGUUACUAAAAAUCAACCUUGGAAUUGGAAGGAUCAACUGACAGUCUGAGAGAACACGUUGCGGUGUUACAAAACGUUAAUCGGCCUGGCUGUUUAAAAGAUCCACUUCCGACCUCAUAAGCAACGAUCUCUUUCCACGAGAAUCUACAUACUGUUCGUCACGUUAAUAUUUUUCACAUUCUUCGUCUGUACAUUGCCAGUUUCACUUUCUCAAUUUCUAUUAUUACCAUUUCUUUACGGUGGCAAACUUGGGAGUAGUUACCUUAGAGUUAGACUAGGCAGUUUCACUAAACGAUAUGUGGCAUCUUUGAAUCGUCGCAAAUAUUUCUUCGUAUACAUCUGCCAUAUCACCAACCCCUCCAUCGUUCCCAACAUUUUAGCUGUGCUUGUUUUGUUCACCCUACAUGUUUGUCGCAAGAAAAAAGUCAACUACGACCGCAUUCCUCUCCAUUCACCAGUCGUCAUGGAGAGCGCCUUCGCGAAACCUAUACGCGAGGUCCUAGCCAACUUCAACGUGGACGCAAAAUCUGGCCUCACAGACCAACAGGUCAUUGAAUCACGGACUAAGAAUGGGAAGAAUUCUAUCCCAGAAGAACCGCCAACGCCCUUAUGGGAGCUUAUUCUCGAGCAGUUUAAAGACCAACUUGUCAUAAUACUUUUGGGUUCCGCAGCCGUAUCGUUCGUCUUAGCUCUUUUCGAAGAUGAAGAAGGCGGUUGGAGCGCAUUUGUCGACCCUCUUGUUAUCCUAACCAUCCUUAUACUCAAUGCGGUCGUCGGUGUGUCCCAGGAGAGCAGCGCUGAGAAGGCGAUUGCUGCGCUUCAAGAAUACUCGGCGAACAUAGCCAAUGUAGUCAGGAACAAUGGGCAUGUCUUAAAGAUCAAGGCGGAGGAGCUAGUUCCUGGCGACAUCAUCUCAGUCUCCGUUGGAGAUAGGGUGCCCGCCGACUGCCGAGUUAUUUCGAUCGAAAGCAACAGUUUUGCCAUCGACCAGGCCGUCCUUACCGGAGAGAGCGAAAGUGUUGGGAAGGAUCAUGAUGCUGUUGUGGACGACCAGAAGGCGGUGCUCCAGGAUCAAGUCAACAUGCUUUUCUCGGGAACAACCGUUGUCACUGGGCGUGCUAAGGCAAUUGUUGUUCUGACUGGAUCUAAUACUGCGAUUGGUGACAUUCACGAGAGCAUUACGGCUCAGAUAUCCGAGCCGACCCCUCUAAAGCAGAAGCUGAACGACUUUGGCGAUUCUUUAGCCAAGGUUAUUACCGUAAUUUGCAUUCUCGUAUGGCUCAUCAACAUUCCAAACUUUGCGGACCCAAGUCAUGGAAACUGGACCAAAGGCGCCAUCUACUACCUCAAGAUUGCCGUUUCACUUGGUGUUGCAGCAAUUCCCGAGGGCCUUGCCGUUGUUAUCACAACAUGUCUAGCUUUAGGAACACGCAAGAUGGCCGCAAAAAAUGCUGUCGUCCGAAGCCUCCCAUCUGUGGAGACCCUUGGCAGUUGCAGCGUCAUUUGCUCAGAUAAGACUGGUACUCUCACCACGAACCAAAUGAGCGUGAACAAAGUCGUCUACAUAAACGAAGAUGGUACCGAUCUAGAAGAACUUAAUGUCGAAGGAACCACGUUUGCGCCGAAGGGAGAAAUCACACGCAAUGGCAAGGUUGUAAAGGAUCUUUCGCAAACUUCAAGUACUAUCUGUCAAAUGAGCGAGGUGGCGGCGCUCUGCAAUGAUGCCCGGCUGAUGUAUGAUCCCCGAACUAGUGCCUUUUCCAAUGUAGGAGAGCCUACGGAAGCAGCUCUGCGGGUUCUAGUCGAGAAGAUUGGACCAUGUGCGCCGGCGAAUUCGAACCCCGAGGACUGUGUACACUACGCUAGUGCCUGGUAUGAGUCCAAGUUCCCUCGUCUUGCUACGUAUGAGUUCUCCCGAGACCGUAAAAGCAUGUCUGUCCUCAUCCAAGCAGGUGAACAAAAGAAGCUUCUUGUCAAGGGCGCACCCGAGUCCAUCAUCGACCGUUGCACACAUACUCUGGUUGGAGCCAAUGGUAAACGUGUUGGCCUCAACGACAAACUCCGUAACCUUCUCACGAAGGAGGUAGUGGAAUACGGCAACCGUGGUCUAAGAGUUAUUGCCCUCGCUAGCCUAGACGAUGUUGGAUCAAACCCCCUAAUUCAAAAUGCCAAGUCAACCGCCCAAUACACCCAACUGGAACAAAACCUUACCUUGUUAGGCCUCGUCGGCAUGUUAGAUCCUCCUCGACCAGAAGUUUCUGGUGCUAUUCAGAAGUGCAAGGCUGCAGGAAUCAGGGUCAUUGUCAUCACUGGUGAUAAUCGCAAUACCGCGGAAAGCAUCUGCCGUCAAAUCGGAGUCUUUGGUGAAUACGAAGAUAUCAAGGGCAAAAGCUAUACCGGUCGAGAGUUUGACAACUUGAGCCCUAGCGAACAAUUGGAAGCAGCGAAGAAUGCGUCCCUGUUCUCCCGUGUAGAGCCAAGCCACAAGUCGAAACUCGUUGAUCUCCUCCAAUCUCUCAACGAAGUUGUUGCUAUGACUGGUGAUGGCGUCAAUGAUGCUCCGGCUUUAAAGAAGGCAGAUAUUGGCGUAGCAAUGGGCUCUGGCACUGAUGUUUCCAAACUGGCUGCCGAUAUGGUACUCGCUGACGACAAUUUCGCUACCAUUGAGGUUGCUAUUGAGGAAGGCCGAUCCAUCUACAACAACACACAACAGUUUAUCCGCUAUCUCAUCUCUUCAAACAUUGGAGAGGUUGUCUCAAUCUUCCUUACUGCUGCCCUGGGCAUGCCAGAAGCAUUGAUUCCUGUCCAGCUACUAUGGGUUAACCUCGUUACGGAUGGCCUACCUGCAACCGCCCUGUCCUUCAACCCACCUGAUCACGAUAUUAUGAAGAGACAGCCACGAAAGCGUGAUGAACCACUCAUUGGUGGUUGGCUAUUCUUCCGCUAUCUGGUCAUUGGUGCCUACGUUGGUCUGGCUACUGUUGCCGGAUAUGCUUGGUGGUUCAUGUACAACCCCGAGGGACCCCAGAUCAGCUUCUACCAGCUUUCACAUUUCCACCGAUGCUCUACUGAGUUUUCUGGAAUUGGCUGUGAGAUGUUCGGCAACGACAUGUCGAAGGCGGCCUCCACUGUAUCCCUCUCCAUCCUUGUCGUCAUUGAGAUGCUGAAUGCCAUGAACGCUUUAUCAUCCAGUGAGUCCCUACUAACUCUACCGCUCUGGGAGAACAUGAUGCUAGUCUAUGCCAUCGCGUUGUCAAUGGCACUCCACUUCGCACUCCUGUACACUCCUUUCCUUCAGGGUCUGUUCUCCAUCCUACCUCUGAAUUGGAAUGAGUGGAAGGCGGUGCUCAUCAUCAGCGCCCCAGUCAUUGUCAUUGAUGAGAUUCUCAAGGCCGCUGAGAGGCAUUUCUUCAUCCAGAACAUCAACAACGAUGUCGCAAAGACUAAGAAGGAAGCUUGAGUGGACGUAGAUUUAAUAGUUAAAUAGACUAGACUAGACGACGCACACUGUUCAUGUAGCAUAUGAGAGAAGUAAAUACAACGACUUGUUCUUGAUGAA